AUGUUUAUGCUCAAAUUUGAUAUGUUCUCUUCUGAGUUUUUCUUUACCCUUGGUAAUUAAUAGUAUAUGAAGAAUACACCAUAAGGAGUCAUACUUACUCUAUUUGUAGUUUUUGCAUCGCUUUAUUACUUUAUUUACUUACUUAAUUUGUAUGUAAAUAAUUAAAUUAAUCCAAAAUUUAGAUCCUAAACCUUCAUAGUUAAUGAAAAGUAACAAAUUGAAUUUUCUAAUGAUCUUGUUGGAUUUGCGUUUUAGUAUAACUCUACAAUGACUAUCGAUGAGUUUUAAUCAAUUUAAAAUUAAACAUAUCUAGUGUAUAUUCCUUAAUUUUUUUAUAAUGAUGGUAUUAAAAAUAUUACUUAUGAUAUUAAUCUUGAUAUAAUUCCAUGCACUGAUUCUUCACUUAAAGGAUUAAAUUGUAUUGAUUUUUCUAAAAUAAAUAAUUUCACUUUAGAACUAGAUGUAAGUAAUUAGGUCUUUUCCUCUUUAUAAAUUAAUGUCUAUGGCUGUUUAGAUUUGGAUACUGUAAAAACUACUAUUCCUUCUAAUUGUGCUUCAUAAGAUGAAAUAAAUAGCGUUAUUAAUGGUAUAUAUGCUUAAUUUUAUCUUAAGAUGAAGACAUAACAAUAUAACACAACUUCGGAGUCACUUUAAACUAAUUAUAGAAAUAUCUAUAGUUAUGCAUUUUCAUCUUAGUUUAUAGUUAAUACUUUGAAGACUUAGAGAUAGGAGACUUAAGUAAGCUAAGGGUUAGUUUUUUAAGAAAAAUAAAUUUACACCUCACCUUAUUAGUAUAAUUAACUAAUUUAAAGUUUUGAUAGAUAGCAAUCUUUAUAAACAGGGCUAGGACCUUUUAUUUAAGAAAAUAUUAUGAUGGAUGAACUUUUGCAAUAAUUCUAAAUUUAAUAUCCUACAAUCACUGAUGUUUUAGCUUUAGCCAACAGUAUCGCUUUUAUUAUAAUGUUUUCAAGAACAAUUGGAAGAUUCUGCUCAAAAAGAUUAAUAUAAGAAGACAUUUUUAUGAUUAUUUUCAGAAAUUUAUUUUAGGAUAAAAAUUAUCAAAUUUUAAAGCACAAUAAAUUUUUUGAUUAAAAAUAUGACAUAUUAUUGUAAUCAUUGCCUGACAAAAAAGAAUUGACUGAUGAUGUUACAGGAUAAGAAAUUUCAACAAAUAAAAUUAUUCCAACUUUUGAAACUAAGUUUAAAGAUUAUGUAGAAAAACAAUAGAUUUUAGUGACAAAUUAAGAUUAAGAAAAUAUUAUUACUUAAGAAGAAGAUAUUAGAGAAUAAUAAAGUGAAGAAAUAUCAAAUUUAAAUAGAUCUACUUAUGGUAUUCAAAAAUUAAAAUUAAGUAGAUAAAUAAACAUUUAAAAUGAAACAAACUCUAAUAAAAAUAAUUUUUUUUAAAACGAAAAUAUUACUCCUCAUAAAUAAACAACUUAAAAAAGCAUAUCUGUCCUUUCGAAUAAAUAUUCUUAUUAAUCUUAGCAAACAUUAACUAAUUUUAAGCCUCCUAAAAUCCAAAAUACACUAAAUUAAAAUAAUUAAAGUGAAAAAUCAUCAAAAGAAAAAAUUUCUUAAAAUAAAGAAAUUUUGUAAGAUGUAAUUUCCUCAAAGUUGAAUGUACUACACAGUAAAAAAAUGAGGCAAUCCAUUCAUAAUUUAAUAUUUUAAUUCAAGAUCUUUAAGUCUAAAGCCUUCCUUUUGUAUAAAGGCAUUGAUCAUAAAUAAAUCAUGCAUAUUGAUAAAGAGGCUAAAAGGAGCUAAAAUAUUUAUAAGAUUUAUGAAGAUAUAAUCUUCUUGAAAAAAGCUAUUUCUAUGCUUCUAAGCUAGGAAUAGUUAGCUGCAAUUAAGCUUGUAAGUCUCACAGAUAAUUAUUUUAAUAUAGAUUUAAAAGAUUAAAAUUUAAUUAAUCAUUAUAAAAAAAUAGAAAAUAAGUUAAACUAUUUUGAAAAGUAAUUCGCCAUAUUUUAGUCUGAAUAGCUACAAGCAUAACAUAUUAAAUAAUUUUUUAUGAAUUAUUAAAAUCUCAGAAUACAUAAUGAAAUAGAUCAAAGAAUAAUCUCUAGUAUAAUAAAAAAUGUAUGA